ACGUGACUCGCGAAGGGGCGGGGCGGAAGCCGAGGACAGCGGAGUUUUCUUGCCGGCCUCUAGCUCGGGUGGAGCGGCGAGGCGAUGGCGGCGGCUGGGCGAGAGCGCGAGCCGGAGCCCUCGCCGUCCCAAGCGGGCACCACUUCUGACCAGAUCCUUAAAACCGGAACCCUCCUUCUCAAGGGCUUUAUCAGGGAUCGAGUCCAGCGCUGCGGAGAUUCUGGUUAUGACGAAGUGUUGACGGAGCUGGGAAGUCCGGAGUCCCAGCCUUGUGACCCCAGCACGAAGAGGUUGACAGAGUGCCUGCGCCGGAUCGGGGAUGAGCUCGAUGGCAACAUGGAGCUGCAGAGGAUGAUAGAGCAAGUGCAGGCAUAUCCUCCGAAGGACGUCUUCUUACGGGUGGCUGCGGACAUGUUCGCGGACGGGACCUUCAACUGGGGCCGCGUGGUGGCUUUGUUCUACUUCGCGUGCAAGUUGGUUCUGAAGGCAAUUUGCACUAAAGUACCGGACCUCAUAAGGACCAUAAUUAGCUGGACGAUGGAAUAUAUCCAAGAGCACGUCGUGGCCUGGAUCCAAGCCCAGGGUGGAUGGGAAGGCCUCCUGUCUUACUUCGGCACCCCCACUUGGCAAACCAUCGCUGUGUUUGCCGCCGGGGUCCUCACGGCGUCGCUGACCUUCUGGAAAAUGUCUUAAUCGUCAGGACCCCCCCAGUAGAGAGGGAGGGGCACACAUUUUUCAUUCUGGGAACAAUGAGGGCGGGUCCCCUCGAUUUCCUAAUCAAGAGGAAAAAAAAUGGGCUGUGAUUUUUUUUGUCCCCUGAGAUGGGACUGAUGAGCUUUUUGGUGCCUUUUUUUCAAAAGCGCACACCUCCAUGGGACAUGUACUUCUUGCUUUUUCUUUUGCCUGUCUGUGCCUCCUGGAGGUUAGAGGUCAUAGGCCGCUGAGGUUGCGAACUUCAGUUUUUGAAGGAUGUAGGGGAGGGCGAAAUGAAGGAUUGCGGUGAGCUCACCACACUGCAGAAUCUGUAUGUGGUUUUCUGCAGCCGGACAACAAGAUAUUUUGUCUUGACUACUUCAAACUAGGCGGAUUCGAGUGCAUCUGUGCAAGCCAACCUUGGAUAGGCAGAUUCAACAUGCAUUAGUCGAAACACCCAAUCCUGCCCCUGCAGAACGUGAAAUUUGGCCCUUGGGUUCUAAAUUGCAAACGCAGAGUUACCUAGGCACAGUUCGGGAGAUGAAUUUAGACAGACGCCCUGCAGCGGCUGAUGUAAAACGGGGGAUUUUGAAGCAGUGCUUUUCUUAAGAGAGGCUUGGUACGGGUGAUGGGGCAUCUGUCCGACGACGGAUCUGUUGGAAGACCGAGAAACGAGCGAGUGGCACCACGCGAAGCAACUGCUCUCCGGUUGGAACCCAAGAGAUUGUGCGCCUGGCGAGAGGGCACAGCUUGAGGGACCCUUUGGCGCAGGAGGGAUUUGUCGGCUUAGUUCCUCCCCGUUGGAAAAGAUGCUUCCGACUGCCGGAGGGUCUUGGCGGCUUAGGGAAGGAGCGGCAGUGAAGGAGGACCCGGCAGACUCCCAUCCAUUCUGUAAAGGUUCUUGAUUUCACUGUUAGACUCUUCCAGACCGCCACUGGAUUAACUGUGUUGCUUAGGCCUGUCAGUUCAGCUAGCAAAAAAAAAAAUAAGGCAUCCGACACUCAAUCUGUCUUUCACUUACCGUGCCCUAGUAUGGGAUAUCCAGUUGUGGCUGGGGUAGAGAAAGGUGAGCAUUCGAUAUUCCCUUGUGUGGCUUCUCUUCAGUUGUGUGCAAGGAAAAGAUUCUUCUGCACAUCUGGCUGGAUGCUGCUCUCAACAUCUGGAAGGAUGCCCUCUCCCACUGUGUUGCCAUGCAGAUACUACUUUUGUACAGGUCUGGAUUAUGCGGAAUUGACUUUCACAGCAACUGGUGCUUCAAAACUAUUUUUUACAUAAGGAAGUGGGGCUCGUGCCAUUGCCGAAGCCUCCGCAUUCUGUCUCUCGGCUGAAACGUUUGCCCUUUUAUUUAUGCUGGAAACUGUUUAGGGGUGAAAAAAAUUAACUGAUCUAUAUUUUUGGGUGGUUCAGAGCGGGGGGGGGGGGGUGGAUAGGAGGAUGGAGCAUGUAAUAUAUUAGAGGGCCUUCCGGCAGUGGAGUUUGCCUCCUGCAGACGGAGCUGGAGAAUUAGAACUGUGCUGAGGGUACAUCACGCAAGCGGAGGAUAGCAAAACCAACUUCCUGUAACCAGCAAAGCCAGCUUCCUGUAACCUUUCUUGUUGAGAAGAGGGCCUUUUAGGCCUGCUAAGCUCUCUUGCCUCUGUCUUCGCUGUGGUUGUCCGUGUAUUAUUUUUUUCUCCUCUGGAAGGGGGAGAGAUGGGCCCAAGUGUAGCCAUACAGUCUGGUUCAGUCAGACCGAAGAAUGUGGUGGCAGAAAGCGGAGGUGGACUGUACUACUUCAGAAUGGACUGUACCACUUCAGACUGCUGGUGGUGGAUUCCAACUUUGAACGUGCCUUCUCCUUCAAAAGAAAAAGCAGUGUGAACAGAAGAGUAGCACAGUAGGAAAGCAGGUGUUACCCUCUUUCUUUGCUGUGUUGAUGUUCUGUUUGCAGUAGUUUUUCUUUUUUAAAAACAGGAGAUCAUCUUUUUGAGCCGGUUGGAAUAGUCCAUUCUGUUGUUUCGUUCCUCGUUCUCUCACGUGUGUGAACCAGACCUCAAAGAAAACACCGUCGCUGGGAUUUGGGUAGCAGCAACCAUGAGAACACAGUGGCAACCAUGAGAAACGGUUCAACCUGCCCCAAAGGGUGCAGUUCAGAAAUACCAGAGCUGGCAACAUUUGUCUUCCUCACAAUAUAUGUUGCUUUUGGUUGGCUAAGCAGAGUAACUUCCCCCACCUCCAUCUAAGUCAAUACUGUGGAUUGUUUUGGAAACCAUCUUGGAUGAGGGGAACCAGAUAUUUUUAGCUGCAGCAGUUGCUGGGGGAUGGAAGGGAAGAUAAGCGACAGGCAGGGGAAGAGGAUGCUUAUUACAGAACUAUCAACAUUGUCUUCCUUUCCCCAUUCUUACGGACUUCCACUGCCCACAGCUUUCCCGAUCAUGAGUUGUACAGGUGCAAACCACCGUUUCCUAAAGCAUCUUUUUAAAAAAUCCAAUCAGGUCAUGAUUCAUCAUUUGAAACCCCCACCCUCCCCUUCCUUCUGUGUGGCUGCCACCACUAUUUGUAAAAGCCAGCUGUUGUGAAUGUACAGGUGAGGUUUGAAGGUAGACGGAAGCGAAGGUCCUGGGGUAGAAAAUCCAGUGAGUGGCACAGGCUGCGGAGAAUCAGUUAUACUUGAAUAAUUAUAUUGGGGGAGGGUUUUGCGUUACCUCAGGAAAAGUGUGUUUUCAUUAGUGAGGGGGGGGGGGGUUGGAGAAAUUGGAAUUUCCGAAAUUUUGAACCAGGGUGCGUGUGAGAAACUGGGCUGUACCUGCUGACAUUGUAGGAUUUGAGAGUAGAAGAUUUUUGAGGGAGAGGUCGGGGCUCGUGAUGUCAUUGUUUGGAAGGGGUUUUGUUAUGCUGUGUGUUUUCAUGAUGUCGUUACUUGGGAGUUACAAACUCGAGAGUUCAGGUUUGAGAAUUUGCUAACUGGGUGGGAGAAGGGGUGCCAACGUUCCGGGUUUUCCGCCGUUUGAUAUUCGUUCUAGGCUUGACAAUGUGUGGGUAAUCUCAAUGUAAUCUCAAACUUGAGGUGGGAUGAAUUCUUGGACCGUUGGCAUCUCUCUGUGGUGGGCUUGGGAAGUCUGACAGGUAUAAUAAUGCUUGCUGUGUGUCUUUGAUUGCUGUUAUGCCAUGAUUCGUAUAGGAGUCCCCCCCACUCUGUUGGGUAGGAGCUAUUCUGUUCUUGGUCUUUGCCAUUUUACAUCAAGUUUCUCUCCUGUUUUCGGUAAAGGACGUUUGUCUCUGCCAAUACCUUCAGCCAUUCCCCAAAGAAUUUUACGGUUUAUCACACCUGUCUGGGCAAGUGCCAAAAAAGUAUUUCAGCAGACAGUUAUGGGAUACGUUGUCCCUUGAUGGCCAGAGCGACAAACAUAUUGCACAAAAUGGAACGUGCAAGCAGCCAUACUUCAUGGGUCUCUUCAGUGGGCGAAGGACCAGUGGGGCUAUUUGUGGUGUCUCUGCUGAAUUGCAUUUUCCUCCCCCCCACUUCUCUUUCCCCACAACACCAGCGAUAAUCUCCACUUCACAAAGUAGAAAUCAUAACGAGAGAUCCCUGCAGCUUCCACGUCAGCCUUCUGGGAGUAAUACCUUAAUGAGAGUUGCUUCCUACUUCUUCUCAAAGCCUUCAACUAUAGUCACUGGGGAAGAAGCAAUCCUUUGGCAAGGUGGUAGAAAAUAUCCAUCAGGGUUUUCACUCAGCCUUCCAACUGAGUACCAUGUCUUCGGAGGGCACCAUUCAAACAUAUUAGUUUUAGGGUGGGAAGGGGAUUGCUAAUCCUAUUUCUGCAGGAUCCCCUAAUCCUGGCACUGAACAGCUGACCCUGAGCCUUACAUCAAUGCCUGUGACAAAAAAACACUCUUCUACUAUACAUGCUUGGGGCUGCCAUUGGCCACUGUUUUACAUAGUCAUGGUCAUUUUUUUCUAUGCAAUCGAUUCCCCCGCCCAUGGAAUGGUUUCUAGACCUUUUUUUAAACAAGAAAAACAAAUCUACCUUCCCUUUUUAUAAUUUUUUUUAAAAAGAAAUGUUUUGAUACAUCUUUUCUGACUUGUUAACUGUGAAGCUCAUUUGUUUUCUGACUUGUGGAAAUAAAAAAAAAACAUCGAA